UUCACAUUCCUGAGCAAGAAAGUUGCAGCGCUGUAAAGUGCCAAUGUAGACAAGCCCUAAGCUAUACCACACCACUGUAAGCACGUUUGUACUGAUAUAACUGUGAGGAUUGUAAUGCUUUAUCUAUCCUGGCUUUGUUAAAGCAGUACCACUUUUCUGUGUAGCAAGGCCUGAGUCAAAUUUGAAACAAAACGUGUAGGUGGGUGGGAAAUAAAAUCACACUUUUCAGAGAAGGCUGUGUGGAAGAGUCAUUGUGGGACUCGAUGUUUGUGUUUCAAUGACUCCUAGUCAAGUGUGGCCUUUUGUACUUGUAAAGUGAGUGUUGGGGUGGAUGUUUCCUGCGUGCCAGUGCCACAAACUCAUCCAGGACUGAGUCAAAAUAAAUUGCAGGUUAUGGAGAUUAAAUUAUGCCUUCACAGGCAUCAGUGUAGCAUCAUUACCUUGAGUUGUCUUUCAUGGUUUUACAUACCCUGAGGACAGAAAUUGAGCAAUGUGGUUAACAAUUUGUUGAUGCAGGAGCUCCCAGAAUAGGAUCUCUUUUCCUCUGCCAGAGCUGCACAGAGCUAACUGAAGUAAACAGUAAUAAAAAUGUGGUUUUGAUAGAAAACUAAGCAUGACUGAAUACACACAGAUCUAUAGGGUAAGAAAAUGGCAUUUUAUAGAGUUAUCGUUUAGAGAAGAAUCAUACUUCACAUUGUGUUAUUUUCUAUUUGGCUAUGAAUAUUUUUAUCACACCUUUUUACUUUGCAGAUAUAUACAACAUGAUAUGAUGGUGCUCAGAUACCAUGGUGAUUAAACUGUAAAAAACCUAGAUAGAUACAAUGGAAACCCAGCAACACAACAGGUGCACAUGCUGAGAACACUCCCCUUGAAUACAUUGGGGAUGACAGGCUGAAGGACAGCGCAGCUGUCCAAAAAGCAUGGUCGUUAGCAUUGUAUGGCAUGCAAGGUUUUAUUGUAUCUGUUAAAUGUAAUAUAUUUACAACUGCUUAUUAAAUUGAAAUAGUUGAGUUUUCACUACAGAAAGUGUCAAGUUGUUGUCGCCUACCUUCCUGUCUAGUCCAGAUCUGAAGGUACAUUGCACACCUUUAAAAGGCUUAAAUAGCCUUUGGGAUGCUGUUAAAUCAGGGCAGAAAGAGAGUGGCAGCACCUUGCUCCAAGCCAGGAAUUUAUAAGCAGAGAGUACAACUGAGGCAUUUUUGUCCUGGUUCAGCUCUGAGCCCAGGACUGAUGGGAUAGAUGUACACAGAGGUACUUUCUUCCAAUGUGGGCUUUAUUGUCUUCUGCUCCUAGUCCAAGCUAGGUGUGGCAGGGAGGAAACCUGCCUUCAAGUCAGGGAUCAAGUUGCAAGAGCAAUAUACAACACUACCAACUGUUUAAUGCUUCUCUUUAGCUUAUUGACACAAAGGUUCCUCCGUGAGUUGGUUCAGCAUGCUGACCAGAAACUACUCAGUAGGGCUGAUUGAGUGCACACUUCGAUGGCCCAAUCAGUGUUACUCUGACAGCUCAUCAAUGGACUCAGAAGAUAAAGACAGAGAGGAAGAGAGUCUGCAGACAGCUUUCAAAAAGCUAAGAGUAGAUGCAGCAGGAUCUACCGCAUCUCUGUCUGUGGAUGAGGCAACAAGUCUGAGAGCACCGAUAAGAACAGCUAUGGAUGGAACCAAACCUCAACCUGUCUGUGCCAAAGAGACUUGGCAUGGGUGUGUGAGGAAGCCCUCCAGGGGGUCAUCAAGAACCCAGCGUCGCAGGCGUUCCAAGUCUCCUGUCCUGCAUCCUCCCAAGUUUACCUACUGCAGUAUGAAAGCAUCUUCUGCCCGCAGCCAGUUGAAACACAAAAGUCAGCCAGAUACUUCAAAAAGUAAUAUCAGCUCAGACAUUUGUGUUGCAGAAGGACCGUGUACAGGGGACAAGUAUGAUUCCUGCUUUGAUGCCAGUGAUUGCAGAAGAGCCAGAAAUGAACCUUUGGGAGCUUCCACAAUUGAACAGCCUUUGGAGAAUUCAAGAGAGAAUUCUGCUGCUGUUUCUUCGUCCUUUGAAACCAACCUGGAUUCUAGCCAGCCUUCAGAUUUCCAGUCAUUAUCUGUGCUCAGCGAUAGCAAGCAGUGUCCUUGCGAGGGCAAGGAAUGCCAGUGCAGACAGUGGCAAGACAUGGAAGUGUACUCUUUUUCUGGCUUACGGAGCGUCCUGUCAGAAUGUGAAAAGGCAGUGCUAGAAGUCCAUUCCCAGUCUCUGCAGAACAAAUCGCCCUCUGGUGUGGCUUCAUCAGGUUCUCCCCGAUCUUGUUCUGAGCAAGCUCGAGCCUUCGUGGACGAUGUGACAAUUGAAGAUCUUUCAGGAUACAUGGAAUAUUACUUAUAUAUUCCCAAGAAAAUGUCCCACAUGGCAGAAAUGAUGUACACUUGACUAUAAGGAAUCUAUGGAGAAUCAUGGGCUGGAAAUUCAGUAGUAAUGAGUGGAUGACGUGCUCCCUCAGAGCCAGGGGUGGGAAUUUGGCCAUUCUCAUUGCUGUGUAUUUGAUCAAAUGUUUCUUUGCACCAUACAGUGUAGUUUUUUAAUAAAGUGAAAAACAGACAA